GAACACCUGUCACAUCACUGUUCUGCUUCAUCUGUUGAAGAGAAACUCUCAGGGAUUUUGCUCUGCAGUAGCUUUUCAUAACAGUUGCAGGUUUGUCACAAUGAGGUUUUUAAUCUCAUUGUCUGUGUGUCUACUGGUGCUGUUUAAUGGUGAAAUAAUCAAUGGACAAACAACAAUAAUCAAUGGACAAACAACAGAGAUUUUUUAUCCAUUUGGCUCAGCGGUUGGAGACGUUCAAACUUUUGUUGAUGGUGGAGAAGACUAUGUUCCAGUUUCCCUAUCCAGUCCAUUUGUGUUUUUUGGCAGCACAUACAAUCUAAUAUAUGUGAACUAUAAUGGCCUCCUUUCAUUCAACCAACCUUUCCAAGAAGAUCCUUACACUUUUCCAUCUUAUGGAAGUCAAGAUUUAAUUGCUCCCCUCUGGGCUGACUUUGAUGACUAUGGACUUAUUGCGUUCUACUAUCAGCAGUACACAUCUGGAAAUGUCCUCACACGAGCCACCGAAGAUAUAAACCAGUAUUACCCUGGUCUAAGCUUCAACGCUUCUUGGGUCUUUGUAGCAACCUGGGACUAUGUUGAAACUUGGGAUUUAAAUACAUUUUUACAGCAUUUAGCCUCAUCAAUCUCGUUUCAAGCUGUUUUAAUUUCGGAUGGCGUCUCCUCCUUUAUUCUGAUGAACUAUGGUGACAUGAGUGUGAUCAGUUAUCCAGUGGAGGCUGGAUAUGACACAGUUGGAUCAACAAAUUACUUUGUCAUUCCUGAGUCAAACGAUGGCAACCUCAUCCCCAACCUUAAGUACACCAAGUAAUGUAAACACUCCAGGCCGUUGGGCUUUCUCUGCCAAUCAAGGGGUUUUCUAUCCCUUUGGCUCGGCGGUUGGAGACAUUCAAACUCUUGUUAAUGGUGGUGAAGACUCCGCUUCAGUUAACCUAGCCAGUCCAUUUGUGUUUUUUGGCCGCACAUACAAUCUAAUAUAUGUAAACUAUAAUGGACUCCUUUCAUUCAACCAACCGAUAAUAGAAGAUCCUUACACUUUUCCAUCUUAUGGAAGUCAAGAUGUAAUUGCUCCUCUCUGGGCUGACUUUGAUGACUAUGGACUUAUUGCAUUCUACUAUCAGCAGUACACAUCUGGAAAUGUCCUCACACAAGCCACAGAAGAUAUAAACCAGUAUUACCCUGGUCUGAGCUUCAACGCUACUUGGGUCUUUGUAGCAACUUGGGACUAUGUUGAAACUUGGGAUUUUAACACAUUUUCACAGCAUUCGGCUUCAUCUGUCUCGUUUCAAGCGGUUUUAAUUUCGGAUGGUGUCUCCUCCUUUAUUCUGAUGAACUAUGGUAACAUGAGUGUGAUCAGUUAUCCAGUAGAGGCUGGAUAUGACACAGUUGGAUCCACAAAUUACUUUGUCAUUCCUGGGUCAAACGAUGGCAGCCUCAUCCCCAACCUCAAGUACACAAGUAAUGUAAACACUCCAGGCCGUUGGGCUUUCUCUGCUAAUCAAGGGGUUUUCUAUCCCUUUGGCUCGGCGGUUGGAGACAUUCAAACUCUUGUUAAUGGUGGUGAAGACUCCGCUUCAGUUAACCUAGCCAGUCCAUUUGUGUUUUUUGGCCGCACAUACAAUCUAAUAUAUGUAAACUAUAAUGGACUCCUUUCAUUCAACCAACCGAUAAUAGAAGAUCCUUACACUUUUCCAUCUUAUGGAAGUCAAGAUGUAAUUGCUCCUCUCUGGGCUGACUUUGAUGACUAUGGACUUAUUGCAUUCUACUAUCAGCAGUACACAUCUGGAAAUGUCCUCACACGAGCCACAGAAGAUAUCAGACGCUAUUACCCUGGUCUGAGUUUCAACGCUACUUGGGUCUUUGUAGCAACUUGGGACUAUGUUGAAACUUGGGAUUUAAACACAUUUUCACAGCAUUCGGCCUCAUCUGUCUCGUUUCAAGCGGUUUUAAUUUCGGAUGGUGUCUCCUCCUUUAUUCUGAUGAACUAUGGUAACAUGAGUGUGAUCAGUUAUCCAGUAGAGGCUGGAUAUGACACAGUUGGAUCCACAAAUUACUUUGUCAUUCCUGGGUCAAACGAUGGCAACCUCAUCCCCAACCUCAAGUACACAAGUAAUGUAAACACUCCAGGCCGUUGGGCUUUCUCUGCUAAUCAAGGGGUUUUCUAUCCCUUUGGCUCAGCGGUUGGAGACAUUCAAACUCUUGUUAAUGGUGGUGAAGACUCCGCUUCAGUUAACCUAGCCAGUCCAUUUGUGUUUUUUGGCCGCACAUACAAUCUAAUAUAUGUCAACUAUAAUGGACUCCUUUCAUUCAACCAACCGAUAAUAGAAGAUCCUUACACUUUUCCAUCUUAUGGAAGUCAAGAUGUAAUUGCUCCUCUCUGGGCUGACUUUGAUGACUAUGGACUUAUUGCAUUCUACUAUCAGCAGUACACAUCUGGAAAUGUCCUCACACGAGCCACAGAAGAUAUAAACCAGUAUUACCCUGGUCUGAGCUUCAACGCUACCUGGGUCUUUGUAGCAACUUGGGACUAUGUUGAAACUUGGGAUUUUAACACAUUUUCACAGCAUUCAGCCCCAUCUGUAUCGUUUCAAGCGGUUUUAAUUUCGGAUGGUGUCUCCUCCUUUAUUCUGAUGAACUAUGGUAACAUGAGUGUGAUCAGUUAUCCAGUGGAGGCUGGAUAUGACACAAUUGGAUCCACAAAUUACUUUGUCAUUCCUGGGUCAAACGAUGGCAACCUCAUCCCCAACCUCAAGUACACAAGUAAUGUAAACACUCCAGGCCGUUGGGCUUUCUCUGCUAAUCAAGGGGUUUUCUAUCCCUUUGGCUCGGCGGUUGGAGACAUUCAAACUCUUGUUAAUGGUGGUGAAGACUCCGCUUCAGUUAACCUAGCCAGUCCAUUUGUGUUUUUUGGCCGCACAUACAAUCUAAUAUAUGUCAACUAUAAUGGACUCCUUUCAUUCAACCAACCGAUAAUAGAAGAUCCUUACACUUUUCCAUCUUAUGGAAGUCAAGAUGUAAUUGCUCCUCUCUGGGCAGACUUUGAUGACUAUGGACUUAUUGCAUUCUACUAUCAGCAGUACACAUCUGGAAAUGUCCUCACACGAGCCACAGAAGAUAUAAACCAGUAUUACCCUGGUCUGAGCUUCAGCGCUACUUGGGUCUUUGUAGCAACUUGGGACUAUGUUGAAACUUGGGAUUUAAACACAUUUUCACAGCAUUCAGCCCCAUCAAUCUCGUUUCAAGCGGUUUUAAUUUCGGAUGGUGUCUCCUCCUUUAUUCUGAUGAACUAUGGUGACAUGAGUGUGAUCAGUUAUCCAGUGGAGGCUGGAUAUGACACAGUUGGUUCCACAGAUUACUUUGUCAUUCCGGGGUCAAACAAUGGUAACCUCAUCCCCAACCUCAAGUCCUCAAGUAAUGUAAACACUCCAGGCCGUUGGGCUUUCUGUACUAAUCAAGAUCCGUGUGCUGCACUCAGCUGUACUGAAGAUGAAUGGUGUGGAGAGAACAGCGGUGUUUAUGGCUGUUUCUGCAAAAACAACCAAACCAGAUCUGAUCCUGACUCUUUUGAUUUCUUUGAAACCUGUGAGAGCAGUACAGGAAAUAUAUCUAUAUCUCGCUGUCAGCUCUUUGAAGCUGGUUUUUCAGCAAGUGACCUUCAUCUCAAUGAUCCCAGCUGCAGAGGAAUCAUCCAGAAUGGCCGAGUGGAGUUUGGUUUUGAUAACAAUGGACACACCUGUGGUACAAAUCUUGUGGCCAAUGGCACUCAUAUCACCUACGAGAACUUUAUUUUGGGAGCACCAGGGUCAUCUGAAGGUCUCAUCAGCAGGGAGAGAAUUCUACAGAUAUCUUUCAGCUGUGUUUACCCCCAAACCCAAACACUUUCUAUGAUAGAAAUGAACCCACUGGAGAGCGUUUAUCACAAGAACCUUCCUUCUGGUCAAGGGAUGUAUCAGGUCCGAAUGAUCCCAUAUGAGGACGUUGGGUUCUCUCAGCCCUUCAAUGGUAGUGUGGAUGCAGAACUCAACCAGGAGAUUUUUGUUGAGGUUCGUGUUGAUGGGGUUGACAGUCGACAGUUGGUGACAGUGAUUGACACAUGUUGGGCUACACCUGUGAAUGAUCCAGAUUACAGUCUGCGCUGGGAUCUCAUCACUGGAGAGUGUCCAAAUCCACAUGAUAACACAGUGAAGCUUCUUCAGAAUGGUGUCUCAACAUCCAGCCGUUUCUCCUUCAGGAUGUUCGUCUUCAACUCAAACUCCACUAAAGUUUACCUGCACUGUGCUGUUCAUCUUUGUCUUCUGGCCAACAAUUACUGCUCAGCGCACUGUGCUUCUGGAUAUCACCAGAGGGUCGGCAGGUCUCUGGACUUCUAUGACAGUUCUUCUAUAUCAAUGGGUCCUUUCGUCUGGUCUGAUGGAAAUGCAGACAAAUAGGCUCCAGAAUUAGUGUGAGUGUCCGGAGCUCCUGGUCUGACUGGUUGUUUGAUGAUACUUUUGGUUUCACUCCUGAGAGCCUGCACCAUCUUCUAGGACGUCUCCACAAUGCAAAAAUUCUAAUCUUAAAAGUUUCUAUAGCUUAACAUUUGCUUUGUCAUAUCUGAUAUCUAAUUAUGUUUUCUAUAAAACUAAUGAAGGAAGAGCACUACACUUGUUUUAUUGCUUAAUUUGAAAUUAUUCUUUCUAAUGUAAUGAUAAGAUUUAGUUUGAUUGUUGAUUAUUAUCUUUCCUUUAAAAAUACUUUAUUGUGUUAAAAAAAUAUAUUGUGAAAAAU